AUGGCCACCAAGAUCAGUGCCCGUGGCAGACAGGGUACCAUUGGGCAUGAGGAGUACAGCCUGUACAGUGGUCUGAGUGAGGAUGAGCUGGUCCAGAUGGCCAUCGAGCAGAGCCUGGCUGACAAGACGGGAGGCCCCAGCACUGCCGAGGCUGCCGCGUCUGCUCGUGCCAACCGCCAACCUGCCCAUUUCUACCCGUGGACCAGGUCCACUGUGCCGCCCGAGAGCUCGCCGGCCCCGGCCCCCAUGGGCUUGUUCCAAGGGGUCAUGCAGAAAUACAACCGCAGCUUGUUGAAGGCCUCCCAGCCAGUGGACCCUGUUGUAAAGGCCAUCAAGGACGGUGAUGCGGAGGCCCUGAAGGCCAUGAUCAAGGAGGGGAAGAACCUGGCCGAGCCCAACAAGGAGGGCUGGCUGCCACUGCAUGAUGCUGCCUACUAUGGCCAGCUGGGCUGCCUGAAGGUUCUGCUUCAAGCAUAUCCCACAACCAUGGACCAGCGAACCCUGCAGGAGGAAACGGCCCUCUACCUGGCAACAUGCAGGGGACACCUGGACUGCCUCCUGUCGCUGCUGCAGGCUGGGGCGGAGCCCGACAUCUCCAACAAGUCCCGAGAGACACCGCUUUAUAAAGCCUGCGAGCGCAAGAACGUGGAGGCAGUGAGGAUCCUGGUGCAGUACAACGCAGACACCAACCACCGCUGCAACCGAGGCUGGACAGCCUUGCACGAAUCUGUCGCACGCAACGACCUGGAGGUCAUGGAGAUCCUGGUGAGCGGAGGAGCCAAGGUGGAGUCCAAGAAUGCCUAUGGCAUCACCCCUCUCUUUGUGGCCGCCCAGAGUGGGCAGCUGGAGGCCCUGAGGUUCCUGGCCAAGCACGGUGGCGACAUCAACACGCAGGCCAGUGACAGUGCGUCGGCCCUCUACGAGGCCUGCAAGAACGUGCAUGAGGAAGUGGUGGAGUUCCUGCUGUCACAGGGUGCCGACGCCAACAGGGCCAACAAGGACGGCAUGCUGCCUCUGCAUAUGGCCGCCAAGAAGGGCAACUACAGGAUCGUGCAGAUGCUUCUGCCGGUGACCAGCCGCACGCGCCUGCGCCGCAGCGGGAUCAGCCCGCUGCACCUGGCGGCAGAGCGCAACCACGACGAGGUGCUCGAGGCGUUGCUAGACGCGGGCUUCGACGUGAACGCGCUGCUGGCGCCCGAGCGCGCGCGCCUCUACGAGGACCGGCGUACCACCGCGCUCUACUUCGCAGUGGUCAACAACAACGUGCACGCCACCGAGAUGCUCCUGCUGGCCGGCGCCGACCCCAACCGCGACAUCCUCAACCCGCUGCUCGUGGCCAUCCGCCACGGCUGCCUGCGCACCAUGCAGCUGCUGCUGGACCACGGCGCCAACAUCGAUGCCUACAUCUCCACGCACCCCACCACCUUCCCCGCCACCAUCAUGUUCGCCAUGAAGUACCUGUCGCUGCUCAAGUUCCUCAUGGACCUCGGCUGCAACGGCGAGCCCUGCUUCUCGUGUCUCUAUGGCAACGGCCCGCACCCGCCAGCCCCCACGCGCUCCAGCCGCUUCAACGACCUGCCCACCACCGAGAAGGGGCCUGGUGUGGUGCAGUUCUGCGAGAUCCUCUCGGCCCCAGAGGUGAGCCGCUGGGCGGGGCCUAUCAUUGACGUGCUCUUGGACUACGUGGGCAACGUGCAGCUCUGUUCGCGUCUGAAGGAGCACAUUGAUAGCUUUGAGGACUGGGCCAUCAUCAAAGAGAAGGCAGACCCUCCACGACCUCUGGCUCACCUUUGCCGGCUGCGGGUGCGAAAAGCCAUUGGGAAAUAUCGGCUCAAACUCCUGGACAUGUUGCCGCUGCCUGGCAGGUUGAUUAGAUACCUGAAGUAUGAGAACACCCAGUGA